AUGCGGCAUGACUUGUUGGCUUACAUUGACGACGGGCAGCGUCGUUCCGUUCAAAUUAUGCGCUGUCCUCGGUGGCUCUUCCUUGCUCUUUGGAAUAUUUCAUUGCCAUGCUUGCUGUUCUCGAAUAUUAAUGCAGGUAUGUCAUACAAGUGAAGAAAAAGAAAAGGUUAAAACUUUAAGAUAGACAGACUUUAUAGGGGCGCACUUGUCUUGUGCAACGUAUAUAUUACGUUAUUUACCAAAAGCGUGAGGAUAUGGGAAGAUAUUGGUCAAUAAGUUGUUUUAUUUUAUUUGGAUUUUAAUUUUUUUUUCUUUUUUUGGAGAGAGACUAAGUCGAAAACAACUAAUCAUGAGGUCAGAAAACAAGAACAAAAACAAAACAAACAAAAACAGAUAAGGAUGAUAAAACAAGGCCACAAUUAUCCAGCCAUCUUAACCAAAUCAAGUUAAGAUAGGAAAGUAAAACAAGCUCAAAUUGCUUCAAAAAUGAUAGAGAACACAAACCACAGAAAAAGUAAGUUUAUUCAUGGUUUAUUUUAAUUAUUUGCCACACGAUGAGCUCAGAUUAGGCGAUGGUGAUAUAUAUAUUUUUGUUUCAUUUUUUUUAGCAGACACAUGCGCUCACAUAUUGAGCUUGGUAUGCCUGUGGUAAAUUACAGGGCAGUUCAGUCAGUCAACCAAACUAAUAAACUUCCGAACGUAAGCUUAAGACCACUUAUCAUAUUAUAUUUUUGUUUAAGGAGACGAGUGUUCUUUCGGCAACAACAACCUCUGCCAUUUAAACGCUUCGUGCAUCACCACAGCGGGUUCAUUUCGCUGCGUGUGCAACUCAGGAUUCAGUGGGAACGGUUUUGACUGUAGCGAUAUAAAUGAAUGUUCCUUUGGUACACAUCUUUGUAGCAGUGCAGCAAACUGCCUCAAUACACCCGGCUCGUACAGGUGCAGUUGUUCAGCGGGUUUUACCGGAAAUGAGAAGUCAUGUCAUGAUGUCGACGAGUGCGCAAGCGAAACUCACAACUGUCAUGAGCAUGCCUCGUGCAGAAACACCGCUGGUUCCUAUGAUUGCAAAUGCAAUCAGGGUUUCUAUGGAAAUGGGCUCAACUGCACAGACAUCGACGAAUGUUCUUCGCAGAAUUACAGCUGUCACUCGAAUGGGAAUUGUGUGAAUUUUCCAGGAUCGUUUAAUUGCACUUGCCAGAAUGGGUUCACAGGAAAUGGUUUUGACUGCAAUGAUAUCGACGAAUGUCUUCUGAAAGAGGAUUAUUGUGGAAAUCAGACAUCUUGUGUUAAUUUGUUUGGCUCUUUCUCUUGCAGCCCAGUCUGUAAGCUGGGUUUUGCCGCUAAUGUAAGUGGAUGCGUGGACGUCAACGAAUGCGAUCUCAACCUACAUAACUGUGAUAAGAAGUCUUCAUGCAUCAACUCGGACGGUUCUUAUCACUGUAAUUGUCUGCCAGGAUACACUGGAGAUGGUUUCAGUUGCUCUGAUAUUAAUGAAUGCACCUCUAACGCUCACCUUUGCAGCAAAAAUCGAACAUGCCGCAACACACCUGGGUCGUACGAAUGUGUUUGCGAUGAAAAACUUGGCAACUGUGUCCCAAUCAAUGACUGCUUUCCGGAGUGUCAUCCAAAUGCCAUUUGCACUAAGGUCAAUGGUUCUUUUAUCUGCCAGUGUAAACCUGGAUUCGCUGGUGAUGGACAACUCUGCACAGGUAGUUCAUACCUCUUGUUUGUAUGCGUGCAUUUGAGGUGUAACUAGGCAACAAUAUCGUCCCAUGUUAGGGAAUUUAGACUCCGGCAUCCUCGAAAAUUUUGGCUUGUCGAAUCCGGAAUCCCCGGCUUUGGAAUCCAUUAUUUAACUGAAGGAAUCUGGAAUCCCGCUAACGAUUAGAAUGUGGAAUUUAAGUGGCACUGACAGAGAAUCUGGAACCCUGUGUGUAACUGGAACCCGGAAUCCACAGAGUUGUUAUAGGCUACUUGCACUAAGAGGUCACGUGGCCAAUGCUUCCUUUAAACCCUGAGUUGGAGUCUUGCUGAUGCCAAAAAUUGACGGAGCAAAUAAAAAUUAUCUUACACCCUAAAUUUGAGAGGAAACGCAUUUAAGGGAGACAUUUUAUGGCAUUUUGAUUUUUCAACAAUGAAAGUAGUAUGAUUUGUAUUGGCCGCAAUGUUGGAGAGCAUACUCUCGACCCAUUUUCAGAGAAUGGUGCGGGUUUGAAAAACCAAAUCAAUAUUAUUUUGUUUAAGAUAUGACCCACUAAUCGCUUUUCUAAGGCAAUAUCAUAUAACUUUUAUUUUCAUAAAAGCGAUGUCACAUGACCUCUUAGUGCGAAGGGCCUAUUGUGAACCAUUGUGUGGGUUCUAUUUAGUCUAAAGGUUGAUUUCUAUUGACGCGUUUUUGGCUACGCACGUUAACGCACGUAAAUUUUAAUCACGUAAAUACAAUGGAAGCAAGAUAAAAAGUGCUGAGCUUAAACGAGAAGUUGAGCGAGAUUCAAAUUUUACGCUUACGAGCGACCUUUCAUGCAUUGCCUCUAUUUUACUUGCGAACGUAAAUUUUACGCACGUACGCCCGUAAAAAUUACGCCACACUGGAAAUCAACCCUAACAGAUAAAACCUAAUGCUCGCCCCGUGUAAGACGGUCUUAGAUUAUCUAACAUGAGGUUUAUCUCUUAAACUAAUUUGUCCAAAGACACAUUUUCCAAAUUUGUCUUAAAACACAUUAAUUUAGGGAAAAUUGUUGAGUCAGACAUUGCCUACAAUCAAGUGUGACGUACGUUACCCAUUGUAUUCUGUGCCUUCCGCAUCAAUCAAUCAAUCUUGACUCGUUACGUCGAGGAGCUAGAAAACUCGUUCAAAAUAGUAACGUGUACAAAUAAAAUCUAUAAUAAUUACAGCUAUGUUAUAAUAUUAUUCAAUUUUAAAAACAACUCAAUAAAUAUUAAAACCUUAGUAAUAAAAACAUAAAAUAUAAAAAAGCUAAAACCUAAUAAAAAGCCAUAUACUAAAAACAUGACUUGAAAACUAUAAUACUAAAAAGCUACAAUCGUGCACUAUAAGACACUUUCUAAAAAGCUGCAAUCGUGCAGUUUACUUUUGAAGUCAUUAGCAUCACUUGAAAGACGCACUUGAGAGGGCAAACUGUUCCAUAACUUAGUUGAUGAAUAAGUGAAAGAAUUCUUCUUAAAUUUAUGAUUAAAGUUAGGUAAUUCCAAAUAUAUAUUUUUUCAAGCCCUUGCCUCUUAGCCCAUACGGUGUAUGCCUAUAUUUAAAAAGGCUUCCAAUAUGACUAAGUCCCGUACCAUUUAAUUUAAGCAUUUAAAAAGAAGUAUUAAUAAUCGUUCUUAUGAUAGACAUCAAUAUAGUUUCGCUCAGAUAGUACUCCAGCUCGGUAUAAUUCAACGGCUCUCUGAUAUUAUUAUAUUAUUAUAAUAAUAAUAAUAAUAAUAAUAAUAACAAUUUGAGGUCUCUUUUAAGUCUACAAUUAUAUACGAAAAUGUCAUUAAUGGGUGUGAAGGAUGAUUAAUUAAGUGCACUCUUAUUUUGAUACGAACAGUGAAAGGAUCGAGUCCAAAUAUGGAAAACCUUUCAGCAAUGUCAGAGCAGCAGCAGCAGCAGCAUCAAGUCAUUAUUGGUUUGACAGCAGGAGCGGUGGCAAUUUUAAUCCUGUUAGGAGUUAUCUUAACUUAUAGGUACGUAUUCAUGUUAUAACUAAACUGGUGCACGUGAGGUUAUUCGCUUCUACUGUUAGAACAGAUAAGCGAAACAAACAAAACAAAACGAAAGUUGCAAGCAAAGUCUUGCCGCGCCAAAGGGGUAGGAAAUCGAGAAUUCGAGGAGGGCAAGAUACCAGAUUCUCUCGGUAGUCAACCAAGACACUAGAUACGCUUUAUCAUAACAUGUUUCGGCAGGAUUUUUCUUUCGCGUCAUCAAAAGUUAAAAUGACUGUCUCUGACUGUCUAAUCCAGAACCUGAGAAAUGAAAAGAGGUAAAUACGCAAAGACCCUCACCAAGAUUCAGGUCAGUGCAAUUUUUCAUACGCGACAAAUUCGGUGAAACGAUUUACCCAAAUGUAUGAUAGAGAUUUGUGAGACGCCAUGUUGGACAUGUUGGUGUCUACUGACUGGGCACCAACAUGGCGACCGGAAACCAAAAGAUGGAAACAGACAACGGAAGGAACUCAUAAACAUUAAUUCUAAUACAAGAACUAUAUAACUAAUAAAGAUAGCAAAGACCUCAGCAAAAUCUCCCAAAAUAUUAGCCACUUUUUUAACCUAAAUGACAGCUUCCUCCAUUAACGUACCUUACCACAAAACGAAGGACCCUUUGGAAGAAAAAAUUUGUAAAAAUAUAAGCUUUUAGUUGCUCAAAUCAAGAGCAAACAAAACCUAAGGGGGAUCCAUAAUUCUUUUAUUUUGCUUGAGUACGUUUUGAUGACUUCACGUAAAAACCAGCAAUAAAAGUUAAAAAAUUUUGUCUAACUUCCAGAUUAAGGAGGCGAAACAGCAGAAAGCCCAUUUUGCGUUACGCCAACUCAUUCAUGGCUCACAUCGAUGAAAUGAUGGAAGAUCAACCUGACCGAGGACUGGAGUGUGUUUCAGUCAAGUCAUCACUUUUCUCCAUCCCUAGCCUUCACCCUUCAAAUCUGAGUCUAACAUGGACGGAAAAUGAAGACUCCCGGUUAUGACCAACGAGAAAUACAGUUGAACCUCCAUCAAGCGAUCACCUAGCUAUUUAGCGGCCAGUUGGCUGUAUUUUAAAAAAAUAUAAAGAAAAAGAAUACAAUCCACGAUAGAAGUUGACAACAGAUGGUGCAUUUGUUUAAGAAUUUAGCGAUGUUCUGCUAACUCCGAUUAUGCUAAUUUAUGACAAAAAUCCGUUAGGCAGCCACUUGCCGUUACCCCUAGGAUGGCCGCUUAAUGGGGGUUUAAAGGAAGGGAAAGCCUCGCCCUUUUGGGCGUCUCACGGGCUAUCAAAAGAACUAAUUAUAAAGGAAUGCGGAGCCCUACAGAGCAUGACCGUAAUAGUUAACUACAGUCAACUCUCCAUAAGACGGACGCCUUUGGGACUUGCACUAUGUGUACGAUCUUAGAGUGAUGUCCGUUUUAUAGAUAGUAACACUUAAAGGAGUUAAGAAAGGCAGGAACCCACUCUUGGUGUCCGGUUUAUCGAAGUGUCCGUCUUAUAGAGGUCUCCGUUGGGAGAGAUAUGACUGUAAAAGUAACAUACAAAUAGCGGUGAUAAAUUGUGAACUUUCGUGUUUUGAUAUAAACUUGACGUUUCAUAUGCUAUUCAAC